GUGCCAUGCCUCUGCAAGUCCUCCUGCUUCUGGUUUUGCUGGGCUCUGGCGACAGCCUCCAGCCGUGGGAGAUACAGCGGAGUGGGACGGAGGAGGCCCCAGAGCUCCUGCUUGCCCGGGGCAGGAGGCAAGUGGAUGAGGAGCUAGAACUGGACGUAUAUGACUACUCCAUAGUAGGCACAGACGCCCCAGAGCUUCUCACCCCUGAGUCUAUGCCCCUGACCCCUAAACUUCUGGCUGAGAUGGCGAUGUUGGGGCAGAGGAAUUCUACGGGGCAUGGAACUCCAGAGCCAGCCACUCUGGAGGCGGCCACAGGGGACUCUGCUGGCCUGGACGCAGGAGGGGUGACCAUGGGGAACCUGAGCAUGGAAGUGGCCACACAGGACUUUCUGACCGAAGAACCGGCCACUACACUGCUUCCCACCACGGAGGCUCCACUCACAGAGGGGGCUCCAACCACAGAGCUGGCCACCACUGAGGUCCUGUCCACAGAGCCAGCAGCCACAGAGGCCCUGACCACGCAACCGGUGGCCACGGAGGCCCAGUCCAUGGAGCCUAUUGUCAUGGGGACCCUGUCCCCGGGGCCAGAAGUCACGGAGGCCCUGACCACGCAACUGGCGGCCACGGAGGCCCAGUCCAUGGAGCCUAUUGUCAUGGGGACCCUGUCCCCGGGGCCAGAAGUCACGGAGGCCCUGACCACGCAACCGGCGGCCACAGAGGCCCAGUCCAUGGAGCCUAUUGUCAUGGGGACCCUGUCCACAGGGCCAGGAGCCACAGACGCCCUGUCCACAGAGCCCGCUGCCACAAAGGCCCCGUCCACAGAUCCAGCCACCGUGAAGGGCCCGUCCACGGCACCUGCCUCCACAGGGCACCUAACCACAGUCCUUGUGCCCUCCGAUCCUCAAAACAGCACUAACGUGACAGGAGGCGAUUUGUCUGAUGCCUUCAUCAAACGAUGGAAAAAUAGUCAGGGCCUGCCCCCGCCGAGCUCCGCGGUGCCCCCCGCCGCGGAGGGCCCGGACCGCAUCCCCGUGAAGCAGUGCCUGCUGGCCAUCCUCGUCCUGGCCCUGGUCGCCACUACCUUCCUCGUGUGCACCGUAGUGCUGGCCGUGCGCCUCUCCCGCAAGACCCACGUGUACCCCGUGCGCAGUUACUCCCCCACCGAGAUGGUCUGCAUCUCAUCCCUGCUGCCCGAGGGGGGCGAAGCGCCCACGCCCACCGUGGCGGCCAACGGGGGCCUGCCCGACGCCAAGAGCCAGGGCCUGAGGGCCGAGCCCAGGGAGGGCCGGGAUGGGGACGACCUCACCCUGCAGAGCUUCCUCCCUUAACGCCCCCGCCCGGCUCCGCCACCGAGCGCCCCCUGACCUCCGCAGCCUUCCCAGGCCCCCUCCGGCCGCGGCUGAGGGGAGCGGAGCCUGGGGAGCUGUAGGACAGGGCGGUUGCCCCCCAGGACGGGAAGCAGCUGAACUCCCACAGCCAAAGCAGGACCGGUGAGCGAGCCACCUUGCUCUCCCUCCUGCCUCCCUGGCUCACGCCUGGCCGGGCUCCCUCUCGGGCCUCCGCCACUGAGGUCUCGUCCCCGUGCACCAAGGAAGACCCAAAGUCUUCUGGUGGCUGUGGUCACCAUACAGGAAGGAGGCUCUGGGGGGAGAAGUGCCAGGUUCCUGAGGCCAUUCCUGGUCACCCCUG